CACGUCAGUAGGCACCCACCCGAGCUGUCAUCGCUCCCUGCGUCCGACCCCUCCAGCUCGGCUUGUGCCCCGUCCCAGCGCGGCCUCCGCAGUUUUGUCGCUGAGCAUUGUCUGAGGAGGAGCCGGAGCCCCGAGGUAGAGAGAAUUGUCGUCCGCAGCGCGCAAGCACCGACCCCGGCCCGGCCCAGCACCGCCCAGCCAUGUCCGAAGGCAGCGCUCCCGAGUACGCCUCCUUCUUCGCCGUGAUGGGCGCCUCUGCCGCCAUGGUCUUCAGCGCCUUGGGAGCUGCUUAUGGAACAGCAAAGAGUGGCACAGGUAUUGCAGCCAUGUCUGUCAUGAGGCCUGAACUGAUCAUGAAGUCAAUCAUCCCUGUUGUCAUGGCGGGUAUUAUAGCUAUCUAUGGCCUGGUAGUGGCAGUCCUUAUUGCCAACUCCCUUGCACCUGGCAUCACACUAUUCAAGAGCUUCCUUCAGCUGGGUGCUGGCUUGAGUGUGGGCCUCAGUGGUCUGGCUGCUGGCUUUGCCAUUGGCAUUGUGGGUGAUGCAGGUGUACGGGGGACAGCACAACAGCCCAGGUUAUUCGUGGGAAUGAUCCUGAUCUUGAUCUUCGCUGAAGUCUUGGGUCUCUAUGGCCUCAUUGUUGCCCUGAUCCUUUCCACAAAGUAAACACCACAGAGUAUGAUAUAAAGAAUUAAACAAACAAACCCACAUUUAAAACAAACAAGCUCCAGAAUGAAAAUGGUCUCAACAAUGUGUACAGUUGUCUUAAUUUGGUAGUGGAUCUCUUGUAAAUGCGCAAUGAAUGUUAGUGACUUGUCUGUCCUGUGUGUACUUCAAUAUUAAACUGGAUGGGCUGCCCGAAACUUGCUUCAGGGCUUGGUGUGGCCUAUGUGCAACUUUCCACCCAUUUGCCAUUUAGAGUACUUUAUGUAUAAAUAGGAACUAGAAAUGUAAUUUUUUCUCUUCACUGGAUGUUUAUUUAUAAAAGACUUGACAUGUUCAUACAUUAUGGAGCAAGAAUUUUCAAUUUCCCAUGCUAUAUAUAUUAAUCAUACAUGUAGAUUAUUGCACUGUGGGGUUAAUUGUAAGUGCAGAGAAUUCCUUGGAUGUAACUCGAUUCUAAAGAUUGCUGUAGUGUCCUGGUAUUGGAGUGUGAGAAUUGUUUGUCUUUUACUUAGACAGCAAAUGUCCAACACCCAUCUUUCCAGUAGUAAAAUUUAUGCUCUGGCAUCAGUCGUGCACCCAGUGUUGGGGUUUGCAGUUAUACAAAGUUUCCAAAUAAAACUUCCUCCACUACA